AGACAGAGCCACAGAGGAUUUGGUCUUUCAAUACACCCUGAACAGUUAGUUAGCAUCAUCUCAAAGGGAAACAUGCACUUACAAUGUGGUCGUUAAAUAUAGGAGAUUGAGAUUCUGAUCUGAUCUGUGAAAAUGAGUUGGACGCUCUCCAUCUGGGUGGCUGUGGCUGUGCUGGCUCUUUGUAGAGGACAAAAUCCUGUGUAUGAAGGAAAUAGUCUGUCUGCGUCUGGCUACCAUCUAUGUGUUCACAAUGAGACAAGGAUGGUGAGUUUCCUGGUGAUGCACAAGGUCCCCUAUACUGUGACACAGCCAUGUGGCGGCUGGCUCCUCUGGACGACAUGUACAGUCACACUUUACAAGAUGAUCCCUCGGACUGAGAACAAGACAGUGAUGGAGCAGGUUACCAAGUGCUGCGAUGGCUACGUACAAGUUGGGCGUUACUGUGCCCUGUCUGUAAACAGGAGUGGGGAGCUCAUUGCCAAGCCCGGAUCCUGUCCAACUGCAGAUGGACUUCAUCCCACAUCUGAAGACUGUGAGUGGGACAUGGACUGCCCAGGCUGGCAAAAAUGCUGCCAGAGAUUGGGCCACCCUCGCUGUAAUCAUCCUGCAAGCCCAGCAAAUUAUUCUGAGAAUGGAGGAUACCGAUGGAAUGCAACAGUGACAGUAAAGACAGAUUACCAACAACUGAUGUCCAAGGUUAAAGGACUCCUGAAUCACACACGAUUACUACAAGCAAUGGUGACGGGAGCCUUGCAGUCUGAUGACGUUUCAGUCUAUUACCUGAGCUCGUGGCCUGUGCAUCCAUACAGGACUGCUACCUCACUGCUGAUUGACUGCAACUUCACUCUUUCACUGCACAAUGUCACAUCAAAGCUGCAUCUCCUACUCAAACACAUCCAGGAGGUGUCAUCUGUAACAGUUGAAGAUGUAGAUGAGUGUGUGGAGCCUGCUCUCCAUCAGUGCUCUGCUCAGGCAGACUGUAACAACACAGUGGGAUCCUACCAGUGUAGCUGUCGCCAAGGAUACAUUGAUGUUGAUCCUAGCGACCCCGCAGCCCAUUGUUCAGCUGGCAACGGGGUGUGGACCACCACAGACACCCCAUUGACCUACCUUCCACCCAUGAACACAACCUACACCCCAGCUUCCAACACCACACAGGCCCCUCCAGGCAACAGCACCACUGGUACCUUCAACUCGUCUGAGAUCAGGAUGACUACAGCUCUGAGUAAUACAAGCUCUGUCUCUUAUAACACAUCACAUGCGCUGCAGUGGACGACUUCUGCGCCCUACAUCAGCAUGAGCUCAACUGUGGAGAUACCUCUGCCGACAACCACAUGCUCUCCUCCCAACAUCACUGCCUUAACGUCAUCUAACGUCACUGGAACCUCCUUCUGUGUUUACUGGUCCAGCCAGUUUCUGACAAACCAGACCUACCGGCUUGUUUUAAGCAACGGGUCACAGGUCAUUAGAUCUUGGGAAACCAAUCAGACCAUGAUAGAGGUGAGACGACUGGAGCCUGGGGUGCUCUACAUAGUCACCAUCACACCUUGUGCCUGCGGAAUCCAAGGAGACACCCUACGUAUAUCGGUCAAGACUGAUGCUCAGACUCUUGACGCCACAGCUCGACUCACCAACGUCAACUUCACUGCUGACCUGCAGAACUCCAGCAGCCAGGCCUACAAAAACCUCACAGCGAGUAUUAUAGAGGAGAUCUACAAGUCUCUGUCUCCAGAGAUGAAGGCCAUGGUAAGAAUUGAGAUCAGGAGCUUAUCAGUGGGGAGUGUGGUGGUCCACUUUACCCUCAUCUUCACCCCAAGUCAAAGCCAAGACAUCAGUAAUGUGUCCGUGGCUCUGCUCAACUCCCUGAUGAACAGCUCCAAAUUCACUGUGGAUAGUAACAACACAAGCAUAACUGAUUUUAAUGAAUGUACAUCAGGGGAAAAUGACUGUUCCCAAUGGGCUUCAUGUUCAAACACCUGGGCCUCGUACACAUGUGAAUGCCUGGACAGAUUCAUAGACAACAACCCAGAAAGGCCUGGACGAGCCUGUCAAGCAAAUGCUACCUUGGAGACAAUGACACCAUCACCAACACCCACAAUAUAUUCGACAGUGAGCACUACCUCUUUCUCUCUAAUGACACCCUCAACCAGUGAUCCAGCUUUAACCACUGGAACCACCACUCCAGGGAUAACCACAGUCAUUAUAUCAACAAGUGAAAUGGUUUCCACUGCAUCCACCCCAACAACCACCCCUGCUAUCCCAACAACCACCACUGCUAUCCCAACAACCACCACUGCUAUCCCAACAACCACCACUGCUGCCCCAACAACCACCCCUGCUAUCCCAACAACCACCACUGCUGCCCCAAUAACCACCACUGCUGCCCUAACAACCACUACUGCUGCCCCAACAACCAUCACUACUACCGCAACAACCAUCACUACUACCGCAACAACCACCACUGCUGCCCCAACAACCACCCCUGCUAUCCCAAUAACCACCACUGCUAUUCCAACACCCACAACUGCUGCCCAAAAAACCACGACUGCUGCCCCAACAACUAUGGCUGCUGCCCCAACAACCACCAAUGCUGCCUCAACAACCACCACUACUAUUCCAACAACCACCAAUGCUGCCCCAAUAACGACUACUGCUGCCCCAAUAACGACUACUGCUGCCCCAAUAACGACUACUGCUGCCCCAACAACCACUACUGCUGCCCUAACAACCACUACUGCUGCCCCAACAACCAUCACUACUACCGCAACAACCACCACUAAUACCCCAACAACCGCCACUACUGCACUGACUUCGACUCCUGCAACCACUGUUACCAAACCUACUACCACUGCUAUAGCUCCUACAAGAAAUGCUACUGCCCUGAGAACCAUGUCUGUGUUAGGGGUCAUCUCAGUGCAGUGCAGGGUUGCUGCCACCACUGUGACAGUUGCCAGAGAUUUUCUUCUGAACUCUAAAAUCCGGGAAAGCACCCUAUACUUGGGCUUGCAGGAUUGCGGCGUCAACGGAGGCAACGGCACCCAUGCCCAGCUGACCGUGGCCUGGAAUGAGUGCGCCACUAUGCUUGUGCAGAAUGACACCCACUACACAACAUCUGUAACCCUGUUCAACAAAAUGGACCCAUACACCUCAUCCAGUGGAUCAGAGGAGGUACCCAGAGUUCAUCUGGAGGUUCCCAUCAAGUGCACCUACAUGAAGAGCAUGCUCAUCUCUGCUGACUCUGGCUCCAUGGGGUAUGAUAUGAUCAAAGAUGUCAUCGCGGGCUUGGGGUCCUUCCAGGUGACCGUGCAGCUGAUGAAUGGUACAGUGCCGCUGCCCCACAACUACAGCUUAUCGGCUGAGGAGGCUGUGGUGGUGGACGUCAGCUUGAACACGUCCUCAGAGCAGAUCAAAGUAGUCAUCGACAGGUGCUGGGCUACUCCUACCAUGAAUCCUGCAGACAGCCACAGCUACACCUUCCUGGAGAACAGCUGUUCCCUUAACGCAUACACCAAAGUGUUGAUGAACGGGACCUCUAGCACAUCUCGCCUGUCUGUGCAGAUAUUCUCCUUCGUCAACCUGGACGUGAUCUAUCUGCACUGCCAGGUCUACAUCUGUGUGCAGAUUGGAUCAGAUACCUGUGUGCCUGACUGUCUGCAAAGAACAGGUCGAUCUUCAAACAAUCUUAGAACAGCUGUUGGUUCUUACGGACCGCUGCUCAGAAUCUAUGAUGACACCUUGGAGCAGGAAUAUGACACUGUUCAUAUCAUUGGCUUCUCCUGUCUCGGAGUUGGUCUGUUGCUCUUCUUAGUCGUUGCUUUUAUCUGCCUUUUCUACUACCAGAGGAACCGCAUUGGACACUACAACUUCACUGUCAAACCCAAGCAGGAAAACUUCACCUACCUUGUCUUCAACACCUAGGGGUGCGGCAGCACCACCCACAACCUAGGUCACACCAUUGCAACAGUAAAUACAAUUGCAACAGUAAAUACAUUUAAAACAGCGUGUUUGCCACUAGAUGUCACUGUUGCGCCAUCAAUAGAUUAGUUCUCGUUUAAUAUUGCAUGAACAAAAUGAAGGAAGUACAGAUUAUUUUUUUGUCAUCUACGCUGAUAUAUAUUAAAAUAUUGAAUACAAUGAUAGAGUAGUUUCAUACUGGAAUAUCAAAUAUAGAGACCACAAAUAUUGUAGGAUUGGAAAAUGUAUCAACAUACUAUCAACAUGCAUGAUUUGUUAAAAGUCGAGUGUUGUCAUCAUGAGCGUUUUAACAUUUCAAUGUAAGGAGUAAGAUGUGAUAAUGGAGCAGCAGUUUCCCAAAUAACAUUCACAAGAUAUUUGAGAAAAAAAUAUUUAUCUAAAUUUGUGAUGUAAUGAGUUUGUUCCAAAUAAGUUUGUAUUGCACAUCUAUGUGUAUCAGUGAGCCUAUUCAUGUUGUACAAUAUCCUUUAAAUAUACCAUGUGCAAUAAUGUUCAUGCACAGUUAUCACAAUUUCUUUUAGCUGCUAUUUUCUACUACUGCACUUUCAGUCAGUGAUGUGACAAUAAACAUGUUCUGUAUGAAUGCAGACACCUGGGGGUGCUGCUGGCACAGAUCUCCAGCUCCAAAAAUGAAGGCAAAAUGGCUUCCUGAAGGCAGACAACAUGUUUACAGGGUUUACAGGGCAGCAAAAGGUAUUGAUGUAAGAAAAGGAGAUGAGAUAAUGUAUAAGAUGGAGGGGAACAGAAGAGUCAUGUUCUGUCUUCAAUCGGAUGAAAAGGUCUCCUGUAUGCCUUUUUCGAGAAAGAGAAGGAACACCCCCGCUUUUCUCAUAAUCCCACGUUGUUGACGACAGAAUCAUAAAUGUAGCUCGUGGAUCAACAUCGAGGGGGGUGAAUACUAAACAGCCGAGGCUUUCUCUGUGAGAGGAGGUCCCUGGAGACCUGUGGCGAAGGACGGCUUACAACCGUCUGGAGAGCUGCGAAUGCUCCACCUCCUAAUUAACCCAUUCUGCCCCACUGUCUGAGGCUUGGCAACCCGUCUCUAUGGCAACAGCCCCAGUGCAGGGAUGGAGGGAAUAAUGGGUUGAAGGAGGGAGGGCAACACCGAUCAAAGCGGAGAGAAAGAGCGGGGAACCAUUUCACUUCAAAAGCGUGAAAUUGGCUGAAAUUAAAAUAUAAAACAAAUGGCGUAUUCAUAUUUUGCUCUAUAAAUUUCUGCGUUGUGUUUUACAGUAAAUCUACACUGAAUUGCCAUAAACUAGAGUUUAAUUACAGCAAUAUGCAGUUGCUUGAUAUUUUAGAGCCUUCACAAACAUGGGUGCAGACACACAGUGGCCACGACGAGCAACAAUCCCCGUCGUCAAAUGCAGAACACAAGUGUGAUUCCUGUAUUCAUAAGUCAGCCAUUGGGGAUCAGGAGUAGCUGAAAGGCAGCAGACCCUCAUAAUGGCUGCAACAUGAUCUAUGUGUCCACAGGCCUUCCUCCGUCCUCCCCCCUCUUCGCCACAUUCAUCUUUUCUGUUCAUCCAGGUUAGGGCAGCUCUGAGACACAGUCAUUCAUCAUAGUUAAUGGGUCCCUGUGUGUGUGUGUGUGUGUGUGUGUGUGUGUGUGUGUGUGUGUGCAGGAUAUGCCGGGAUCUCCGAAGGCUUUCACUCACUGGGGUCAUUACUAAUUAAACAUCCUUAUUGUGUUUUUAUAGAGCAGCGCAGGACCUCCCUCCGGACACCCGGGCAGUGUAAUCUUCAGAUGUGAGCCGUGUAAUCAUCGUGUCUAGAGAGACGGUGUGACUUUUUUGCUAGACUCAGUGUGGAAUAAAUACAUUUAUACAAGUACUGACCUGAACCAUUAAUCCAUUUGAUGCCACUUCAUUCAUCCACUCCAGUAGAAUUGAGACUGAAACGUCUUUUUUUCCCUCCACUAAAAUUACUAGUGACCAUUAACUUACUCACAGUAAGUCAGACACACCAACUGGAAAGAUCUAUAGUGAAAAUUAUUGGGCAGAUAGAGACAGUUAUUCAGGUAAUUAGUCAUUUUUGGUAGCACAUAUUUUUCGGGGGUGGAAUUUCCAUAAAGAAACAACAGAAAUUGUGAUGACUGAUUAAAAGACAAUUUAAGUUACACCAGCAAUUCUAUGUUUACCAACUGAAGACUUUGUCCAUAUUCUAUUUAAUUGGUGUCAAAAUGAUUGUUUCCAGGAACCUA